AUGAUGCUCAAAACAACAUUAAUUUAUCCAGCAAAUGCUUUUGAUAUUCAAAAAUAUCGACGCCAAGAAUUUUUUAUUUUGAAUGAAACACCAGAAGAUUAUAAGAAUAUUACUUGUAAUUAUUUGGUUGAAACUAGACAAUUUGAAAAUUUGAAGUGGGUCUACAAUUUUUUGGAUAAGAAGAGUGAAGAAGAACGCAUCAUCUAUGAAAACCCAGACAAACACGAUGGUUUUAUUUUGGCUCCAGAUUUGAAAUGGAAUGGGACAAAUUUGGAUGAACUCUAUUUGUUGGCUGUAGCUCAUCGACGUGAUUUGCAUUCUAUUCGUGAUUUAACUCCAAAUGAAUUGCCUCUUUUGGAAAAUAUUCGUAAUGAAAGUGCUAAAACUAUUGAAGAAAAAUAUGGAUUAAAAAAGAGUCAAUUAAAAAUGUAUUUUCAUUAUCAGCCAACUUUCUAUCAUCUUCACGUUCAUAUAGUGCAUAUUAAAUAUGAAGCGCCAGGUUUAAGUUGUACUUCUGUGCUGUUGGAUUCGCAAGUCAGUGUUAUACAAGGGGGUAGAAGGGAUUUGGCUGAUUUGGUUAUCCAAUAAAUGUCAGGGACAUCUGGGUGUUUCUGUUCUAAUAUCCUAUUCCGGUUCAGGUGUUGUCUUUCGAAGCAUUUUUUCGAACAUGAAUAGG